CGAGAAUCACCGAGGUGAAAACCGAACGUAAAUCGCAACGGCCCGGAAACUUCCCGCACAGUUCUCGCGGAUUAUUUUUUCGCUUUUCGUUCUCGUGGUGUUGUUUCAUUGGCGAGCCGACGAGACAAGGAAGGGUUUUCGACUCUCGCGGAAACGAGUUUACUCCGACGUCUUCGACGAGAACGCAGGACUGAGACAAUAUGUACAAUGGCAUCGGACUUCAAACUCCACGUGGUUCUGGAACUAAUGGACAUGUUCAGAGAAAUUGGGCAAUUGUGCGUAAGAACAAAGACAAGGUUACUUACAAAACGGAUGAUUCAAAAAUCGACCAAUUGAAUAAGCAGCCAAACAAAGAAAUUCUAGAUCAUGUCAGAAAGAGAAAGGUCGAAGUCAAGUGUGCCGAGUUGGCUGACAUUUUGGAGGAUCAAGGAUUUACGAGCGAAGAAAUAAACAACAAGGUGGAAUCCUACAGAUCAUUGUUAAUGGGGAGCGAUAUCAAAUCUUCUACGCCACAGGAUGAAUUCGGCCGUAUUAACGUACGGGAGACACAUCAGAUCGCCGAGGCGCAGCAGGAGAAGAAUGCGAAGCUGCGGGAGGCGUUCGGCAUCUCCAAGUACUUCGUGGAGGGCAGUAGCCUAGACCCGGAGCGGCGCGCGCGCGAGGCGGAGGCACGAGCCGCCGCGGCCGCUGCGAGCAAGGUCUACGAGCUGGUGCGCACGCCGAGCCCGGCGCCGCCGCCGCCGCAGUCGCCUCCGCUACCAUCGGACGCGGUCUCCGCUGCAGCAGGCACGGAGAAGAAGAAGCGAAAACGUUCCGGCAGCACGAGUACGAAAAAGAAGAAGAACAAGAAGCACAAAGCGCGGGAAAGGUCCGAAAGUCCGGUCGCCAAGUCCGGCAAGAAGAAAGAAAAGAAAAAAAAGAAAGACAAGAAGCAUAAGAAAACCGAAGUCACGUCAUCAGAUUCCAGCGAGAAUUCCGACGAUAGCAACUCAUCCGAGGCUGAGUCGAAGAAAAGGAAGAAGAAGAAAAAGAAAAAGCUCAAAGUCGGGGGAAAGGACAAGCAUGAGAAAAAGAAGAGUUCAACUAAACAGAAACGCCAAUCAUCCGAAAGCUCCACGGAUAGCUCUGUGGAAAAACCGAAAAAGUCUAUGAAACAUGAGAAAAAUACUGCGGUGGAGAAGGCAUCUAGAAACGAGAUUUCUGAAAAUGUCGCGAUUUCCUCGCGAGAACCUCCUUCUCGAUCAACCCGAUCACCGAAACGUGCGGACCGAACAAUAUCUCGAAACGAGACUCCGCCGUUGCCACCAUCGUCUACUAAGUCAAAGAAAGAUUCUCCGACAAAGAAAAGCACAGCGGAGAAGCGAGAUAAGUCGCCAGUCAGCCACAACAGAAGUUCCCCGCCAUUGCACAAACGAUACCGAUCAUCAUCUAGAAGCAGGGGCGACAGAGGCGAUAGAGGAGGAAGGUCUCCUAGGAGGUAUUCGAGGUCGCGUCGCGCGAGUCCGUCUCCUAAACGAAGACGAGGAUACUCGAGAUCGCCCAGAAGGCACAGUAGAUACUCUGCGAGCAGGAGCAGGAGCCGUUCUAGAUACGAUCGUUACGGAACUUCCCGCAGGAGGCCCACAUCACCCUCGACGAGGCGCGAGGCCGAUUCUCGACGUAGAUCGCGCUCACCGAGGCGGCAUCAACGUCGGCGGUCAAGAUCACGAUCCACCUUGAGCUAUUCGCCAGUAAGAAAAAAUCCAGAGCGCUAUAAAGACAUUCUAGAAGAUCGAAAGCAGCGGCAGGAUCAGAAAAGAAAAACAAAGAACGAUAAGAUGAAGUCACGUUCGACAUCGCGAAGCAGAAGAACACAACAGGUAGCGGUCGCGCCUAGGGUGAGUCUGAGAUCAUCGAGCGAGGAUGAAGCUGAUAUGGCGGACGACGAACAACCCGGCAAGCAGCAGCAGCAACAACAAGAAGAAGACGAGGAGAGGACGAGGAUCCUAGAAUUAAACACUUUGAAACGAUUGCAAAGCGGUUUAGCAGCGAAAGCGCGGGAGACACUAGAAAAGAAAGUAGUCACUCCCGUAAAAAUCAAGAUCGAGAGGCGAGAAGACAGUGUAUUAGACAUCGCUCUGCCGAGUGAACCGCCAAAAACCAUCGCACCAAUUCGAGAUAGAUCCGAGGAACCAGUACAGCAGGCUCUUCCGAUCAUUCAAUCGCCCGUAUCCAGCAGGUCACCUUCACCGGCUCUACCUCUUACUCGCGAGGAGGCAGCGAUCAAAAUUAGAUCGCCGAGCGAGUCACCACCGCCCCUGCCCUUACCUCAACAAUCCAGUGGAGAGAAGGUCGAUUCCGCACCUUCUGGCGGCGUGAAAAUCAAGAUGAAUCGUCGAUCAUCGAAAUCACCAAAUUUCACCGGUAAGAAAGACUUGACGCCGAUCAUGUCGUCAAGGAAAGAGCAAAUAUCCAAGAGUAAAUCGUCUUCUCGUUCUCCCGUGCCGACGAUUAUAUGCAGGGAGGAAAACACGACAAUGAAACUGCGCUCGCCGAGCGAAUCACCGCCACCAUUGCCCAGCGCUUCACUAGCUAGAUCAAAUCAGCGCUCGAGAUCGCCGAAGAAGAGCAAAUCCUAUUCUAGAUCAGCGUCAAGAUCAUGCACGAGAUCACCGUCCGUCGUGAAUAAAGCGAGGUCUUCCAGAUCUCCAUUCGGAGAUAAAAAAUCACGAUCUCGUUCACGGGGCAAAAAAUCAGUCUCGCCCGAUCGGCGACGAUCAAUCUCUAGAUCGGUCUCCAGGACGAAAAAAUUAUCACCCAAAGCAAGAACGAAACGCUCAUCCCGAUCGAGGUCUUCCUCGACGGAUUCGAAGCGUACAAGUGCAUCGAGAUCACCCUCGAGGUGUAAGAAAUCCGCUUCGCGAUCCAGAAGCAGAAAUCGAUCGUUAUCAAAGAGAAGAUCGCGCAGCCGCUCCUCUGUUUCAAAGAACUCUAGAAGCAGAUCGCUAUCGCAGAAGAGAUCGCGUAGCCGUUCGCUGUCCAAGAAGUCCAAGAGUCGCUCACGAUCAGCGUCGAGAACAUCCAGGGAUAAGGAGAAACGCAGCCGUACAAGGAGUAGUUCGCGUUCUUCCAUUCGCUCGAGACAUAGUCGAAGCAGAAGCUUUUCCAGCUCGUCAAGAUCGUCGAGCAGCGCCUCUAGUCGAUCGUCUCGUUCCAGUUCGAGCAGUUCUGCCUCCAGUAGAUCACGCUCGCCGUCUAUACCCCGACGUCACGGUUCACCUAGCUUCCUCGACAGACGGCGCAUCACAAGUGCGAGGAAACGUCCAAUUCCGUAUCAUCGACCCACACCGACGCCACCCUCGUCGCCGAGUAGCAGCAGGCAUAGCAAUUGCUCCAGUACACGUCAUCGAUCUAGUUGUUCCGCCAGUCGCAGCUCGUCUUACACGCGUUAAGACACGCGUUGUGUAAAUUCCCGAUCUCGGAAGCCGAUAUUUCUCCUCAUACACUGGACUCGGAACAGAGUAGUCCUGAUCCUUUACGAUCUGACCCGUAACCAUCGAGUUUUUUCGCUAGUUGAUUCUCGGAGUGGUAUUAAUUUAAAUAUAAAAAUGCUGGGUUUCGUAUGGAAGGGAUCGAAAAAAUGUUCCAGAAAAAGAGUCAAGGAUCUGUUAGGUUUUUUUUCCUGCAACGACAGAUCGCAUCGGGUGUCGAAACGCAGACACAUGUAAUUACUUUUUGCGAACCUCUGAAAUUUUUAUUGAUCAAGCGUUCUUUUUCUCUGAAAUAUUAUUCGAAUGACGUGUUAUUUAAUGGAUUUAAUUUCACGUCUUUAAUAGAAAGGAAUUAAUUUUUGAAUGGAAACGCCAUCCCGAGCAUAAGGCAUAAGUAUGAAUCCGCGGCAAUGUGUAUGAAUUUAUUCAUUUUUUCUUACAACACAAAGUACCGAUUUUCCAUUCAUAAAAAGAAAUAGUUGCAAAUAUCGGUAUAUUUUUUGUCGUACUAAUAUCAUCCACUUAGACGAUCUCUCUAUCGAAAAAGAUAUUAACAUUUCUCAAUCAAUAUGUUAUUUAUUUCACUUUCAAGCGCGUUAUAAUUUUGCGAUCAUCUAAUUUAAUAUUAACAAAUUAUCGCGAAGGAAGUUGAAUAUCAAUAGAUUUUAAUGUAUUAUAUUUCCUCUCCCCUUCUAUUCGAACAAACUCGUAUUAAAAUGGUGCAGCAGCUUUGUCUAAUCUUCUAACAAUUUUCUCUAGAGAAGAUUUUUAAUUUAAAGUAAAGAGGUUCGAAACAAAUAUACAUGCAAGAUAAGAGGAUAUUUUAAUAACAAAUACGAGAACUCUCUUUCUCUCUCUUUAAAAUGAGGUUUUUGUAUAAUAUUCGCCUCAAUCUUUAAAGAUGUAAAAUUCUAUUCAGAGUUUUUGACGAAUCGCUUCCAAAUUACACUAAUCACUCAAUUCGCUCACUCUUAUGUAAAUGUGAAUAAUAGCAGAGAAAGAUCUGGUGUAGCGUCUUUUGCUAGUCAUUUACGUGGAAUAUUUUGAUAUAUAGUUUAGCGAUCAUUCAAGUAUUUAUUUGUGCAAUUGUUUUUCAAUUGAUGCUACAACACAACUCUUAAACUUAUCAACGAAUCUCAUGGAUUAAGGUUUCUUUAGACUAUCUAUUUCGCGAUAAAAAAUUUGAGAUAGAAUUCUGUUUAUAAAUUUUAUGUAUAGUAUACUACAGAAAAUACUUGAAUACAUAAAAUACAUACUAAUGAAAAUGUAUGUCAGAAUGUCUGUUAAAACAUGUGACCUAUAUAAAAUUAGAAACAAAAUUCUGUCUUCAUUUUUAUCAUGACUUAGAUCGUUUAAAGAGGCCUUUAAAUUUUUAUAUAUUCAUAAUUUAUUUAGUGCAAUGUUACAAUUUGUUUUUUUUUUGUACAUAGACAAAUUCUUUCAGAAAUUUUUUCUGAAAAAAUUCGAAUCCUUUGCGUGAUAUCUAUAGGCCAUAUUGAAAUCUUAAUAAGGGUCAUAGGUUUGAUUUAUUAUUCUUUUCAUAGUUCUAUACAUAUUUUGUUUCACUUCUUUCUUAUAUUUUUUAUCUGCAAAUUUAUAAUUUUAAUUGAUAUAUAUAAGAAUUAUAAAAAAAUGAUCUUCAAGUGCUCUCUAAAAAUAAUUUAUUAAUAAAUAUGUGCACGAAUUGAUAGCCUCCUGGACAUAAUGGAAAGAUUUGAAGAAACGUGCAAAGAACAAUUCCAAACACGCAAAGGAUUAAUAUAUCCUAGCUCAAUAAUAUGUAUAAUAUAUAAAAUUUAUUUAUUUAUUUAUUUUAUAGAGCAAAUCUCUUAGUUUUAGCGACCAUGGUAUAUAAUACUGAGGUCUCCUUUUACACGCGAUAUUCGCAAUUUGAAAAAAAAUACUCUAGUCAUAGGAAGGUGUUGUCUACGGAAACCUGUAAUUGGGGUCAGGCAGCAGCGUACCAAAAAGACAAUUAGAAUUACUAGUCUCGACAAUUCGCGAUUAUGCGAAGUUAAGUCUCGAUGAUAUAUGUAUAGAGGGUUAUAAAAAAAGAUCUCCAUACUCUUGGAAAGUCUACGUCGCGUUUACGUAAUUAGAUAGAAAAACUAUGUAGCGCUAGUUCUCACACUCAUAAACGACUGAUUCCUUUUUAACGAAAAAUCUCUCCGAUCAUUGAUAUUGGAUCAUACAUAUGAAAUGUUGAAAAUUCGGAAUAUGUGCGACUUUAUGAAAAUUAUUCUCGAUUUGUAAUCUUUUCUACACUCUUAAAUAUUUUUUUAAAAUAGUUUCAUAUUCUAAGGAAUGUAAAAGAUAUCUUAAAAAUCUUUUCGAUUAUAUACAUUGACUUUUGUUUUCUUAAAUUAUUGAUUGAAAAUUGUUGAUGUAUGUAAAAUGAGCAUUUCAUGUUUAAUGAUCUAAUAAUUAUUCGAUCAGCUGUUAAACUUCUAUUAUAUUAUAGCAUAGUAUUCUUCGCAUUUGAAUAUAGUUUCUUCAGUACGACGAUUGUAUGAUCGUUCCUUCCUUAUUCAUUUUCAAAUACAGCAAAGUGUAGGAAAAAUUAAAUUCGCAAACAACGUUUGUCGUACAUUUUGCGAUUAUUUAUAAAUAUUUUCGAAAUGAUAAACUAUGCCAUUUGUGAAUGUAUUAAAAAAUGAUAUGCGAGGAAAUUAAUUUCAAAACUCAAAUUACCUUCAGAGCAGAGAAUUCUGAUCUCACAAGUUUAUCAUCUUGUUGAGACGAAUGUGGAGACUCAAUGUGGCUUUUGUGAAUCCGAUGUCUGUAUCCGCUUAUGAUUUACAGCCAUCGAAUGUUACUGUCUCGUUAAAAUGAAUGAAAUUCGGAUAUUAUAUCUGUAAUAUACUCUGUAUUGUUGUUGUGUGAUUAAAUCGAAAAUCUUAAACAUA